AUGGCACUUCGAACGUUUGUCGUCAUUUCGGUGGCAAGCUUCUUUCUGAAGCCGACUUCGUCCUAUGCUUCUGAAGCGGGUAGCCCUGCAGCCGUCCAAGGUGUGAAGAGCUGCGACAGUGAGCCGGAAGGGGAGGCUGUAUCAGAGAUUCAUUUGACUCUCAGUCCCGGAGUUGAUAGCGUUUCGUUCAUCUGUAGCGCUAAAGAGAAUGCAGUGCUGAAGCCGUCAACAACAAAGGUCUUCGUAGACCAAGGGUGUGACCGUUCAGAAACACUGGAUUCACUGUUUGCCGGUGCAACGCUAGAAGAAAACACAGCCGGAGACAGUAAGAAAUCUUACACACUGAAAAUCCCUCCGGUCACACGCCAGAUUCAGAAACUCCUGUACUACAAAUGCUCCUUCACUACUGCCGUUCAACCACUACUAGGGGAUCAAGGGCCGUCUGUCAGCACAAAGGAUUGCAAGGUCAUAAUCACCGUUGAAAAGGUCGAACAAACAGAGCCUCCUCCCGACUCCAAUGACCAGCAACAACCGCAGACUGCUCCCGAAUCCACUGACGAGCAACAAACAGACCUCGUCGAAUGCGACAGUACCGCAACUACAAAGGAGGCAGGUGUCUCUGCAGAAUCUCCUCACUCAUUCAAAUGUGGAGCUGGAAUGUCCCUGCACCCGACAAAUUUGACAGACGUGUUUGAUGACCAGGACGGGAAGUGCGCCGCUGAGGUUGCCCUGCAGACUCUCGUUGACGCCACAUUAACCAAAACUGAAACUGAAGCUACACACAACGGACAACCAGUGUACCAGCUUGCUGUGAAGACGGCGCCUUCUGAAGACACUGCCCUUUGCUACAAGUGUGUAACUACUUCCAGCAACCUAGAAACAAAGACCAACACCGACGAAGCAUCGGCUGCGAAAGAAUGCCUUCUGAAAAUAUCUGUGAAGGGAAGCGCAUCGUCCGCGUUUUCGUCGACAUGGGGAGCCGCGAAGACAGCAAUCGCUUUCUUUGUGACAGUACCCCCGGUACUCGGCGUGGUUGACAUCUAG